AUGACCCCACCAGCCCGCCGCCCCCAUCGAAAAUCCCGAACCGGCUGCAAAACCUGCAAACGAAGACGAGUGAAAUGCGACGAGAACGGGUUGCCCUGCGGACCUUGUGCGCUGCGAGGGAUCGACUGUGGAUACGCCGAUACGUCGCGACUGCAGCAACCCACGCCAGAGAGGAGUCCUUCGAGCAAAGGUGCGACGCCUUGUAGUGUACCUGAUGCGAUAGAGUGGACGGGCCAGCGGAGGUUGCUGGAGUUGGAGUUGUUGCAUCAGUGGACCACUGUUACAUAUAAAAGCUACUGCGGCACUAUGGCCAGCGAAUACCACAAUUGGCAAGUCGUCGUGCCUCGCGUAGCUCUGCAGCAUGACUACCUCUUGCACGGCAUGCUCGCCAUGUCUGCGCUGGAGAUUGCGGCCUUCACCAAGGACGAUGAGUCUCGGGUCGACGACUAUGUCAACACUGCUCUCGAGUACCACAACCUAGCCAGCAGCGGACUGCGAAGGGAGCUGUCGAACAUCACGCCAGCGAACCGGCAGGCUCUCUUCGCAUUGUCGUCCAUCCUUCUCAUACUUGGCCUCGCAUUACCACGCUUCGUACUGCAGCGAGGAGAGCAGGGUAAUAUGCUGGAUUACAUGAUGACAUACCUCGCUUUGCUCAAAGGCUUGAGAACGAUCGCAGACACUGAGGCAGACUAUCGGAAGAAAGAGCCGUUGGUGGCAAACUUCAAGGUCUGGAACGCACUGCCAGCGCAAGUCCUGGAGCCUGAGCUGCUGGAGCUUUUUCAGCGGUUAUCGAUCUUGAACGAGGAAAUGCAUGGGGCAUCGCAGGUUGACCUGGACACGCCAGAGUUGCAAGCGAUGUCAUAUCAUGCUGCUUGUCGGCGGGCGAUGUUCUACCUCGAAGAAGACUUUGCGAAGUGCAGGGAUGUCAGCACGCGUUCGUAUAGUUUGGGUUGGCCGCUCCGAGCUGGUCAUGAAUACGCCGUAGCGUUGAACGACAAGGAGCCAGUCGCACUGCUGACGAUGAUGGUAUGGGGCGUACUACUGGAGCAGACAAGCCAUGGGGUUUGGUGGGCGGAAGGCAUCGGCUCGCGAGUGGUCGAAGACUUGUCCAAGCUGGUGGAUACUCAAGGCAACGCGAAACUGAUGGCCUGUGUUCAGUGGGCGAGGGUAGAAGUUGGUCUUCCGUUUCGGCGUCAUGCUUGGCUCGAUCAUAGUAUGCAUUAG